GCAUCUCCUCCAACCGACUCGGAGCGUGGUGUCGUGUAAAGCUGCGCAGCCACAGGCCGGGCCCGUCCGUCGCCGUCCAUCGAUCGCCGCCAGGUCUCCAAUGGCGGUGCUGGCGGCCGCAGCCCGCCGCCUCCUCGCGACAGCCCGCAGCCGGCGCGCCUUCUGGUCGGCAUCCUGGAGCGCCGAACAGGCCGCCCCCUCCGCCUCGUCGCCGCCCCCGGACAGCAAGAAGAAGAAGGCGCCGUCGGGGUCCGGCCCCCACCGCCUCGCCGCCGUCAUGGACGCCGUCAACGAGCGCAAGCUCCCUCCCGAGCUCCGUGGACGAGGCAACGCAGUGAGGUCUGAGACUGACAUUGUAAAUGUCGUUGAACAAAGAAUAUGGCACUCAAUGGAAGAAGGGCACUUUGAAAAUCUACCAGGAAAGGGCAAACCCCUGAAUCUCAAUUCCAAUCCUCACGCCGAUUCUGCUGAAGAUACCCUUUACCGGAUACUUUCAAGGAACGGUUGUGCACCUGAAUGGGUUGAACUUAAUAAGGAAAUCCGUGGCAUGAUUGCUGGCUGGAGGUCUGCAUUAAAGAAGGCUUGGGCAAACCAAUCUGAAGUUGAUGGUUCUAGCUGGAAUGAUGACUGCAGGGUUCUCCAGGAACAAAUUCGCCAGAUAAAUGAUAAGGUUUUCCGGUACAACCUGAUUGUACCUUUUGGGCGGCAGAUGUUUGGUCUGAACUGGGAGGAGGAGGUGGACAAAUUGAAGUCGAACAAAGAAGAAACAAGGACAAGGAGGUGGACAGAUUGAAGUAAAAACAGAGACUGGACCGUGCUCCUGGAUUUUGUUGUAUUGAAAUGAGUUGUAAUUGUAACUAGGAAUAUGUAGUAGGACAUACACAUACUCUAUAAUCCAUGAGGACAGUUGAGUGUAGGUAUUUACACGUAGGCUUUUUUAUUAGUAUACAUAAUUUUGAAAACCAUGUUUUCCGGUGCUGUAGCCCAACAUGCAGUAACACUCUAUGUAUGUGUCAUUGGCAGAGCCUGAGCUUAUUUUUCUGCAAUACAACUAAGUAGCGACUGG